ACCACGCAAUGGAGGUCGCUCGAUGUCAUUUUAAUUCUUCAUUAAUAGUUUUAUUCAUCUUUAUUUUUUGUCAGACAUGAAAAAUCACCUACAAACGAACCUCAGAUGUCAUCAAGUGUCCAUUAAUCACGAGAGCCUUGCUGCUCUCAAUCUUGACAUGUUAAUUGUGAUUCUUUUCUUUCGGACAAAAGGAGAGAGUGUUUAUUGACGCGUCAGUGCGCGGGCGGAUGUUUCGUCACACAAAGAACGAGUGAUAUUAGUUACAAACUGGCCGUGCGAUAUGGAAUGACUGGUAAAUUAUUAACCUGGGACUGAAAUACGAAUCAUUAACUCCUAAAGCUUCUUUAUCCGAAAAUUGUCUAAAACAAUUUGGGCCGGUGGUUUGGUGAAUGCCAAAUCACCAUAACAUGAUCAACCGAAAAGGGGUUCACGCAAGUAUGUAAAUGUUUACUAGAGCUGCCGUUACUAAGUGGAGUCACAUGCCUCGAACCGUAAAUUGCCGCCGUUCUAGAAUACAACUAUGCAGUGAUAUCUCUAAGAAUUCUCGGCGUUUAGAUAAUGCUUGUAAUUUUUGGAUCAAAACAUAAACAAAUCUCCAAAACAAACGAAUUUUUUCGGGUCUGAUGUUUAUUCAGGCAUGAAUUUGCAUUCUUUCAGUUCAGUGAUCAUCAGGCUACUGACGUCAUUGUGCCGUCGGGUAACGUCGGAAGAACUCGUUUGACGGCAUAAGUGUUUCCGGCUUUAUAAUCGUCAAUGAAAAUAAAACUACAUCAGUCUUCGGAGCGUUCAGUACGAUUACAUAUCCGUAACGUCUACUCGACCGGUCUACAAUCAAGGCGACUCAAAAUAUGUUCAUUCAGGUACCAGAAUCAGUGAACAAAUCCCUUAGGAACGGAAUCUCACCACGAACAGAGAUCCAUUUUCCAAACUCAUCCUUAGAAAAUCGACAUCCCCGCGCUAUUUUGGCCGACGGCGGCAUAGACAGGUUACAAAACGAGAUAUUUGCUAGGCGGGAGUGUGAUUGUGGGGCAGACGGAGUUACGAUGCCCGUUUCAGUUGGAUCACGUUGGAUCCCAUGGAGACCUCCAAUAUUUCCCUCCCACGAAAGCUACAGAAGGUCUCGUGAAGUUUGUAACAAUUUAUUAUUAACCCCACGCAGUUCACCGUCAAGGCCAAGCGUUACCGGCGUUACAGAGUCAGUUAAUCCAGCGCAAAAGGCCGUGGCCAGAGAAGAGGUGGAGACGCCUGCUAAAGAGGAUGAUCACAGCGAAGAAGACGAGAUUGAGAGCUUAGGAUCACCUCGUUCGUUUGCCUCUUCGGGAUCCAACAGUAGCCGAGAUGACAUGUUGAACCAGUUCCCAGAGGUACAGAGCCCAGCUGGAGGACACACACCUGUUCCAAAAUCAAGGUCACAGCAUUCGAAUCCAUGGGGAAGAGCAUCGUACUCCGACCUGAUUACAAUGGCCAUUACUUCCACGGGCAACAACAUGAUGACUCUGUCGGAGAUUUACAGCUGGAUUGUCAAGAACGUGCCAUACUUCAACGACAAGGGAACUUAUUUAUCUGUGCAAGGAUGGAAGAACGCUGUCCGCCAUACUUUAUCCCUCAGAAAGCGAUUCAUCCGCGUCCCAGACCCCAAGCGACCGUACAAGUCGAUGUGGACAAUUUCGAGUGAUUAUCAAAGAAACCAGUUGAAGCAAAAGCGACGCAAUUCUGACGAAAAAAGGAGUCAUUUCAAGAACCAGAGCGGAAGCACAGCGAUAAAACAAGAACUCAGACAACCUAUGGAUCUAGAUGAGGCUAGGCCUGAUAAUCAGUGGACGAUGAAUUAAAACAGACACCUAAUAAAUUAUUAUCAAAUUUUGUUACGCAACUUACACGCAUACACUGUACAGCUAUUUUUUAUUAAGAUUUAUAAUAUAGAUAGGACUCUGCGCGCGCUCUGAUUGGUCAAAACCCCAUGUUUCAUCAGAUUAUAUGUAGAAAACACUCGCUCGCGGCUCGUGUUUUCUACAUUUCCCUCGUGUUCUCAAAUGCCCGUCGUGUUUUAUCACAGUGCAAUACACGGCUAAGGCUUCUUUAUUUGUUAAAUAUUAGAGGUCAAAGUUGCAAUGUUUAAGGGAAUAUUUGCGCUAAAUAAAACGUCAUAAAUAAAUAAAUAGCCAAAGGCUAAGUAAAAAGAGUAUAUAUAUAAUUUAUGUUUCUAAACAAAGAAGAGAUUUAUCCAAAUUUUUAUUCUUAUACAUCUGUACGUAUGAUGUAAAUGUUAUGAAAAACUCAAUAAAAAUUUGCUUUUAAGUCAUAA